AUGCAGUCUUCGAUCAUGAACCACAGCGAGAUCGCAUGGCCGAUGGCCGAUCCGGCUCUGACGCAGGACAUUCUCACCGUGUUGCAGCAAUGCACUCACUACAGACAAGUCAGGCGAGGUGCCAACGAGGUCGCCAAAGCCAUCCGACGUCUUACCUCUGAGCUAGUCAUUCUGGCCGCUGAUGCCGUACCCAUCGCUAUCGUCAUGCAUCUCCCACUCCUCUGCGAAGAAAAGAACAUUUCAUAUGUCUAUGUCCCGAGCAAGAUUGCGCUUGGGCGAGCAUGUGGCGUUGGCCGAGCUGUCGUUGCUGCUACUAUCACCUCGAAUGAGGCUAGUGACCUGUUUUGUCAAAUUAAUCUGCUGAAGGACAGGGUCGAUAUGCUUGCGAUCUAA